AUGAAAUUAUUAGUAUUCGAUACUAAAGAAGAAUCUCCCGAGGAAGAACAGAACCAAGAAGAAGAAAAUCCUAGAGAGGAACCAGCUCAAUCUCACUUACUUCAAGCAGAAGAAAUUGAAGAAGAGGAACAAUAUGAAGAAGAAUUCAUCGAAAAUGAAUUUCAACCUUCUCAAAUCUUUUUACCACGAGAAUCUUCUGAUGAUCCAAACGAUUCUGAAUUUAUUCCAGAAGAAGAAACGUUUGAAACAAGUGAAGAAGUUCCAGAGCACCUCACUCAAGAAGAAGCUGCAGACCUAGAUGCAGUUUAUGAUCGAAUUCUUGAAAUUCUUUCCACUGAACCGAAAGCCCAAAAGUACUUCGAUAGGCAAUGGAGGCAUCAUUUAGAUCGUUGGAAUAAGCGCUAUCGCAACGGAGGUGACGCAACUAAUAACGUCAGUGAGUCACAUUUCAAAGUUCUCAAGCAUUCUUAUUUCCCAGAGAGAAGGAAUAUUCGAUUAGACGAUUUUGUUGUUGAAUUAUACACAACGGUUGUUCCAGCAUUAUUGAUUAAAUUUAAAGUUUAA